AUGCCCACUUACAUCCGCAAUUCCUCUGACUUUUUCCACCAGUUUCUGAAUUUCCAGUUUGCAGGUUCCAGCCACCUUCUCUUUGCCAUGGACAUGCCAUCCCUCUACGUGUCCAUCCUCUACCAGGAUGGUUCUCAGGGCUCUCUGCUUCUUCCUGGAACAAAGCCUGAAUCGUCCCCAUCCACCACCACCCUCCUCUGCUUGACCGAGAUCGUCCUCACCCUCAACAACUCUUUCCAGGAUGCUUUCAUCGUGAUUCGGAAGUUGUCAACUUGGGCCACUUUCUCGGCUCCAGUGGAGGAAAUAAAAGCUGCUGACACUAAUGCGCUGAUGGGAAGGCGCUGGGUUACAGGGAAGAAACGCCUGAGCAGAUUAGUUCGAUUUGUGUUUGCUAUGGCACCCUACAGACUGCAACAGAUGCUUGGCUUCCCUGUGCCCAGCAGUUUAGGUCAAGGUGAAAUUUCAGAUGAACUACGAUCAUCGCCUAAUAAACCAUAUGGCAAAGGAAGCAAAAGAAAGCUAGAUGAUCUAGCUGAUGAAGAACUCUGCUGGUUUGAAUCUUUGUCCUGUGAUCUACCAGAAUACGAUGAUUCAGUGGAGGAUCCGACUUAUGAGAUUGAGAAGCUGAGUAUGACUGACUUUUCUCCAUAA